CGCUCACAGCUAUGGUCCGGGGGUCCGGGGGAACUCGGGGGUCGUCGGUGCUGCUGCUGCUGCUACUGGGGCUCCUGCCAGGCACCUGGGUGCUUCAAGGAAACAGGCCUGGAGAGCCAGUUACUCCCCACUGGGUCCUGGAUGGACAACCCUGGCAAAUGGUCACCCUCGAGGAGCCGGUCUCCAAGCCAGACGUGGGGCUGGUGGCCUUGGUGGCUGAAGGCCAGGAGCUCCUGCUUGAGCUGGAGAAGAACCACAGGCUUCUGGCCCCAGGAUACACAGAGACCCACUACAGGCCAGAUGGGCAGCCCGUGAUGCUGAUCCCCAACCACACGGAUCAUUGCCACUACCGUGGGCGCGUGAGGGGCUUCCCUAACUCGUGGGUAGUCCUCAGCACCUGCUCUGGGAUGAGUGGCCUGAUCACACUCAGCAGCAAUGUCAGCUAUUAUCUGCGUCCCUGGCCACCUGACUCGGAGAACUUCUCAACCCACAAGAUAUUGCGGAUGGAGCAACUGCUUACCGGGAAAGGGCCCUGUGGCCAUAGGGACCAGGGGGACAAAGGGGGCAUGACCUGCCUUCCUCGCGCUCCCCGGAGCAGGGAGAGGCGACAGGCCCGCAGGAGCCCGAGGUACCUGGAGCUGUACAUAGUGGCUGACCACACGCUGUUCUUGACCCAGCACCGCAACUUGAGCCACACCAAACAGCGUCUCCUGGAGGUCGCCAACUAUGUGGACCAGAUUCUCAGGACUCUGGACAUUCAGGUGGCGCUGACCGGCCUGGAAGUGUGGAGCGAGCAGGACCGGAGCCGCGUCACGCAGGACGCGAACGCCACGCUCUGGGCCUUCCUGCAGUGGCGCCGGGGGCUGUGGGCGCGGCGGCCACACGACUCGGCGCAGCUGCUCACGGGCCGCGCUUUCCGGGGCGCCACCGUGGGCCUGGCGCCCGUCGAGGGCAUGUGUCGCGCCGAGAGCUCUGGAGGCGUGAGCACGGACCACUCGGAGCUCCCCAUUGGCGCCGCAGCCACCAUGGCCCACGAGAUAGGCCACAGCCUGGGCCUCAGCCACGACCCCGACGGCUGCUGCGUGGAGGCGGCGGCGGAGCAGGGCGGCUGCGUCAUGGCGGCGGCCACGGGGCGCCCGUUCCCGCGCGUGUUCAGCGCCUGCAGCCGCCGCCAGCUGCGCGCCUUCUUCCGCAAGGGGGGCGGCGCGUGCCUCUCCGACGCUCCGAACCCCGGGCUCCUGGUGCCGCCGGCGCGCUGCGGGAACGGCUUCGUGGAGGCGGGCGAGGAGUGCGACUGCGGCUCCAGCCAGGAGUGCCGGGACCUCUGCUGCUUCGCCCACAACUGCUCGCUGCGCGCCGGGGCCCAGUGCGCCCACGGGGACUGCUGCGCGCGCUGCCUGUUGAAGCCUGCGGGCUCGCCGUGCCGCCUGGCCGCGGGCGAGUGUGAUCUGCCCGAAUUCUGCACGGGCGCCUCUCUCCACUGUCCCCCGGACAUUUACCUACUGGAUGGCUCGCCCUGCGCCGGAGGCCGCGGCUACUGCCGGGACGGCGCGUGUCCCACGCUCGAGCAGCAGUGUCAGCAGCUCUGGGGGCCUGGCUCCCGCCCAGCCCCGGAGGCCUGUUUCCAGGUCGUGAACUCUGCCGGAGACGCCCAUGGAAACUGUGGCCAGGACAGCGAGAGCCGCUUCGUGCCUUGUGCACAGAGAGAUGCUCAGUGUGGGAAGCUGCAGUGCCAGGGUGGGGAGCUGAGCCCACUUGUGCCGCACAUGAUGCCAGUGAACUCCACUGUUCACCUAGAUGGCCAUGAGGUGACCUGUCGGGGAGCCUUUGCACUCCCUGGUGCCCAGCUGGACCUGCUUGACUUGGGCCUGGUAGAGCCAGGCACCCAAUGUGGACCUAGAAUGGUGUGCCAGGACAGGCGCUGCCAGGACACUACCUCCCAGGAGCUGGAGCACUGCCUGACUGCCUGCCACAACCAUGGGGUGUGUAAUAGCAACCAUAAUUGCCACUGCGCUCCAGGCUGGGCUCCACCCUUCUGUGACAAGCCAGGCUUCGGUGGCAGCGUGGACAGUGGCCCCAUGCAGCCUGAAAACCACAAUGCCCUCCUGCUGGCUGUGCUCCUUAGCUUCCUGCUGCCUCUGCUCCCUGGGGCCGGCCUGGCCUGGUGCUGCUACCGGCUCCCAGGAUCCCAUCUCCAGCGAUGCCUGUGGGGCUGGAGGAGGAGCCCCGCGUGCAGUGGGCCCAAGGAUGACCCACGCAGGGACCACUGCCUGGGCAGCGUUCACACCAUGGAGUUGGAUCCAGCAGCCACUGGAGAGCCCCAGCCUCAGGGUCAAGUCCAGAAGCCAAGGUCCUAUCUCUGGAACUCAGAGCCUCAUCAGAAGUGGCCCAAUAGUGUCCCUGCCCCUGAGGGCUGGAGUAUCCUGCAGGGUACACGCUCCAGCUCAAUAAUCCAUCAGUCCAAGGAACAAAGGUGACAUGGUCCCUGACCUCCCCCCUCCAGGGGAGGCUGGGUCAUGAUGGGCACCCAGAGAGGCCUCUGUCCUGGCAGCCUGGUGUGUCUCCUACAUGUGCUUCCUCAGACCUAGCUCUGCAGGGCAGAGACUGCAGAACCAGAAGCUGGAACUCCUGAGGCCCUACAUUUCCAACUGAGUCUGCAGUUUCCUGGAGCUUGGCCCCAGCAAACAAACAAAAUUGUUGGGACCUUCUUUCCUGUCUCCUCCUGCCCUGUCUUGUUCCCUAGAUGCUUGCUAAGCCCCCACUCUCGUGCCUAGUCCUCCACCUGAGGUUUUGGAGGAUUGUAGGGUGUGCAGCAGCCCCCUCACUUUGGACAUUACCCAACCUCUCCCCCGUUCUGUGGGAGGAGACAAAGGCAGCCGUUGUAGAAAA